GGUCCGGUUCUGAAACACAUAUCCCCGUCCCCGGCCCGGAUAUCUUCGGGGAUGAAUUUUUGAAUACCAUCCCCGGACCACAGGGGAUAUUUUUCGGUGAAUAACCGCCGAAUUCGGGGUCGGGGGGUCGGGUCACCGUCGGGCCGGUUUCAGAUUGCCAUCUCUACGCUUGAUCUCUCUAACAAUUAUGGUUUGAUGUUGGAAGAACCUGGAUUUGAAUUACUUGUUCAAAACUUAACCAAGUUAAGAGACCUUAAUCUUUUUGAUGUAAACAUAUCUUCAGUGGUUACGAAUUCCUUCCUCAAUCUGACUUCUUUAACACUUCUCGAUCUUUCUUAUUGUGAAUUGCUCGGAAAAUUUCCUGACGGAAUAUUCCAGUUACCACAUCUGAAUGAGCUGCGUAUAAACGAUAAUUUUGCUCUCACUGGUUAUUUUCCCGAGUUUAUAAACUCAAGCAGUCCUCUCCAGUACUUGGACCUUUCAAACACUAAUUUCUCUGGAGAACUACCCGACUCAAUUGGGAAUUUGAAGUCCUUGAAACAGUUGCGUGCCUCUUCUUGUAAAUUUUAUGGAUCCAUCCCUACGUCGCUUGGAAACCUUACGGAAAUGACUUAUUUAGUCAUCGGAUAUAACAAUUUCACUGGCAUGCUCCUAUCUUCACUUUCAAACCUUCGAAAUCUCGUCGUCUUGGAAGUUCAGUGUAAUAAUUUUGAAGGUAAAAUUGCAGAUUUUUUACCUAAUGUAAAAAGUCUUCGUUUUUUAUAUAUUGGUUCAAAUAACUUCACCGGUCCAUUCCCAUCAUUAGUUGCAAACCUAACAGCACUUGUUGUGUUAGAUAUGUCAAAUACUCAGCUAACGGGACCUCUUCCAUUACAAAUAAUUGGAUUUCCAAAUCUAUCGUGGUUAAGAUUAGAUGAUAACUUAAUCAACGGUACAAUUCCAUCUUGGGUCUUCAGCUUACCUGAAUUGUAUUACUUCACCAUCAGUAAUAACAAAUUGAUUGGCCAUGUAAAAGAGUUCAAAUCCACUCAUUUAGGUUUUGUUGAUAUGAGCAAUAACAACCUACAUGGUAGGUUUCCAAGUUCAACCUUCAAAUGCGUGAACCUUAGUGGUCUCAUUCUUUCGUCAAAUAACUUCAGUGGUGAACUAGACAUGCUUUGUCAUGCAAUUUCCCUUGGAAGUCUUAUCCUGUCUAAUAAUAGCUUUAAUGGUGCUCUUCCACAAUGUUUAGGAAAUUUCAGCAUAUAUUUCUCUAUCCUCGAUCUGCGGAAGAAUAAUUUUUCUGGCACCAUUCCAGAUACAUUUGCAAAGGAAAAUUCCUUCGAAACUAUCAACCUUGAUAGCAAUGGAUUUGAGAGGCCAGUACCAAAAUCUUUAGAGAAUUGCAAAAUGCUACAAGUGCUAGACCUUGGACAAAACAAGUUCUCCGAUAAAUUUCCAUAUUGGUUGGAAAAUUUAACUUCAUUAAAGGUUCUAAGUUUGAGAUCUAACAAAUUUCAUGGACCUAUACUAAAUUCAGAGUGCAAAUUUCCCUUCCCCAACUUGCGAGUUUUGGAUUUAUCAAACAAUUGUUUUACUGGUCCAUUGCCAAGAAAAUAUUUCAAGAAUCUCAAUGCUAUGAUGAAUGUCGACGAAGCCAGUUUUAAAUUGCAAUACUUAAGUAUGCUUAGCGGUUCCAUAUAUUACUAUAGUUUGACUAUAACAAUGAAAGGAUCAACCAUGGAAAUGGUAAAAGUCCUAACCAUUUUCACUGCAAUUGAUUUAUCGAAAAACAAUUUCGAAGGUGAGAUUCCGGCGAUCAUUGGAAGACUAAAUUCAAUCCGAGGGCUCAACUUAUCUCAGAAUAACCUUACAGGUGAUAUACCAUCAUCUCUUGCUAAUUUGACAUUGCUAGAAUGGUUAGAUCUCUCUUCCAACAAACUCACUGGGAAGAUCCCUCAACAAUUAAGGAAUUUGAGAUCCCUUGAAGUCUUAAACCUAUCGCAGAAUCAACUAACAGGACCAAUACCACAAGGCAACCAAUUUGGUACAUUUUUAAAUGAUUCCUACAUUGGCAACUUGGCAUUAUGUGGACCUCCAUUGUUAAAUACAUGCAAUCCAAGGGCACCACAACCACCACCCUUGAUGUUUCAACAAGAAGACAAUACUUCAAGUGGAUUCAAUUGGGAAGUCAUAUUACCGGGUUAUAUGUGUGGGCUGGUGUGGGGACUUGUUAUGGGAUAUCUUAUGCUCUCUAGAGGAAAACCUCAAUGGCUUGUGAGGAUCAUUGAAGGUGAACGAAACAAAAGCGAAAAGAGAUUUAAAAAGCAUUCUCACAGGAACAGAGCAAGGUGAAAUUAGCCAAUGCAAGUGGCAUCCUUUGUUGCAGUGCAUUUCAAUUUGAUCUAGGCGGCGCAGUAUUUGGAGUCAUGGCGAAUUUUGGUCAAGCUGAUAUAUUACGUAAUGCUAGGAAGUUGAAGAUACAAUAUCAAAGUUUCUGGCUGCUUCGAAGCACUGUUUGGGUACAUAUCUGGCUGCUUCAACGGAGAUUAAUUUGGAUUUAUUAUCUUGGGUUUUCAAUAGCUUGUUUGAAGAUAAUUUGUUCGUCUAUUUGGUGACAUUUCUCUUCUUGAUCAUUUAAAAUUCAUUUAAGGGUGGUUGUGAGAGUUUGAAUCUCGUUUGUAAUUAUUUGUAAACUCUUGGUUGAUAGUAACAUCGGAUUAUGGUCCCGUGGACGUACCUCACAUUAAGUGAACUAUAUAAAAAUUCUUGUGUUGUUGAUUUA